AUGUCAUUACCAACAGAAACAGCAUCGUCGUUGUUGUUACAAGCAACAAACAGUCAUUAUUACUAUCAUACUCCAAGUUCUACCCCCACUUCAAACUCAAAUUCAAAUGAUUAUAAUAAUAAUCAAGCGAUUGGAGCCACUCCUUCCGCAGUAUUAUUUUUUUUAGCAUUGGGUGUUGGAGUUAUAAUUGCAUUUUUAUUUAUUUUCUUCACCAUACGAUAUUUUAUAAGAGUUAAAUAUGGUGUGAAUUUGUCUGGUUUAUCGAGACGAAACUUCUAUAAUUAUCAAGGUCGUUCCUAUAGCAAUAAUAGCAGUGACAACAACAACAAUAAUGAUAGUGACAAUGGUAAUGGAACAAAUAAUUCAGUUGUUAAUGAACAUACAUUUGCUCAUAUUUUCACCACUACUGAAGUUCAAGACCAAUUACAAUACAUUCGAGAACAUCAUUAUUUACGAGGUGAAAUAAUUGAUAGAAGAUUAAAUUAUGGAUCGGAUUCAUUAUCUGCCAGAAGGAGGAGAAGAAGACGCCAAAGACGAAGAAGGAGAAGAAGAAGAGGUGGCAGAUUUGCUAAAAUGAAGAAAUUAACUAUUGAAGAAGUUGAAUUAUUAUUUCCACAGAAGACUUAUAGCUCUUGGUUAAAUGGUGGUAAACAACAAGAUAUUGAAAAACGUGGUGGUAUGUUGUAUGAAGAAGAGGAAGAAGGGUCAACUCUUGGGCAGCAAAAUGAUAUUAAUGGUAAUAUUCAAGUUAGUGAUGAAAGAGUUAAUACAAAUGAAUGUGGUAAUGAUGACGAUGAUGAUAACUCUUCACUACCCACUUUAUUGACUGCUGGUGAUAACAAUAACAAUCAUGUUACUAUUGGAACAUCUUCCAGUAAUAAUGAUAUUGAAUUAAAAGAGUUGACUACUGUUAGUCAUGUUGACCAUGAUGAUGAAACUGAUUUAGGUGAUGGAAUAUCUAAUUCGCCAACUAAUACCACUACUACCAAUGAAAAGGAUCAUAUUAUAGAAAGCCAUACUGAUUCAAAAGACAAUGAAGAAGAAGGAGAGGCUGACAUUAUCGAUCAACGUAGUUUACAUUUUGAUUCAGGUUCAUGUGCAAUUUGUUUGGAAUUAAUUGAAGAUGAUGAUAUUGUACGUGGUUUAAUUUGUGGACACGUUUUCCAUGCAGAAUGUUUGGAUCCUUGGUUAACCAAACGAAGAGCUUGUUGUCCAAUGUGUAAACGAGAUUAUUUAUUUAAAAGAGAUUAUCAUGAUCCAAAUAGCCCUACCACAGAAGAGAAUUCUGGUAAUUCAAACAAUACAGAUGGUGCUACCAACACUAAUACUAAUAAUAAUAAUGAAAAUUCCGAUAAUGAUAAUGAUAAUGAAGAUGAUGAUGACGAUGAUGAUUCAUUGAGUCUAGAUUUAGAAGAAUUACGAAAUGAUCCAGCAUUACAAAUGAUGUUACAAGAAUUGAUUCCACCAAGUGAAAGAGUAAGAAUAUUGUUGAAUGAUUCGAGAUAUAGUGAAUUAAAUUUAGAAGAAAGAGGACAUGAAAUUUCUAAUAAAAAAUACGGUAGAUUUUUCAAGAUUUUCUUUUGGAAAUUAAUGGGAAUUUCAAAAUCUGAUUUAUUUAAUUGGGCAGUUUUAAGAUUAGUUCAUGAAUAUAGAAGAGAUAACCCUGAAUUAUUUCAAGAAAAUACCCCAGAUACCAACGAGGGAAACAACAACAAUAAUGAUAAUCAAACUGGAAAUGGAGAACAAGAAGAAACCAAUGGUGAAUCUAAUACUGGUCAAGAAUCAUCAACAACUCCUACUACUGCCGCGGAACAAGAAGAAACUAAUACAAGAGAAGUUGAUAUAAGGGAAUCAACAACAAGAAGACAAAUAAUUGAAAACAGAGUUUAA